GCAGGUGAUGAUACUAUUACUAGUCUCCCCGUGGCUCACGUUUGCCAGGAGUGAGGAUGUAGUCAACAAUACAGAAGUCUUAGGAAACUCUUCGGAUCCUAAUAAAGACAUGUACGUUAUUCAUGCUAUGGUGUAUCAAGUGGGCAUCGUUACCAACAAAACUGAUAAUGAAACUGCUAACAUAAAUUCUACUGGCAACCAAGAAGCUGUGACCUUCUUCCACACAAAUGGCUCAGAAGGUCUUGAUUUGAGUAAGAUUCCAGCCCCGCUUCUUACGAACGUGACCGCUCAGAGUAUUGUAGGAGUGGCACCUGUGGCUGGGAAUCAAGCAAACGUUACAAACCAACUGCCUUGGAGUACACUCGACCAUAUAACGAAUAUGGCACCUGUACCAUCUUCUGUGGCAGCAGAUCCAGGCUCAAAGACAUCUAGCAGAUCGAUAAGAAGUAUUGACAUCACAGAUGCAAACACACCUUUAAAUAACUUCUACAAGAAUUUAUUUAAAAGGGAUCUUGGUGACAAGCCAGUGGCCGUGAAUAGUGGCUCAGCGGUCAUUCCACAGGCGGCCGGGGUUCAAUCCAUUGCCAUCCCACCCCUAUUGACCCUGAACAACAACAUGUCUGAUAUACCGGUGCCAAUACCCAACACUUCUGUUGUACAUUAUUCUAAAAUCAACACACUUGUCACAAAACCAUAA